AUGUUUAAAACAUUCUUGGAAUCUAUACCACAAAACCGUUCGCAAAUGGUGAACGAUCUGGACUUACCUGAUGAUCUGACGGUUGCUCCAUACGUCUGGACGGAGCCUGACGAAUCGCUGCUUGACAGUGACGGUCUCAUCUCUGACAGUCUCGGAGAUUAUGAAGUCAAGACUCUCACCACUGAGUCCAGCCUUGCUUUAUCGCGCGCUAUGACCGACUCUGAAAUUGACUACGAGAGGUAUCGUAGAUUCAAGAGCAGAAGCUUUAGUGACCCGUGGGUCCAAAUGAGAACUGUACUGGAUUCCUUCCCUCCUGAAUAUCUAGAGUCUAUCAGUAGUUUUAAGUCAUCAUCUGAGUUGAACGAGGAGACCAGUGGUAUGGAAAAGCUACACGCUGAAGAACUGCGACUGAAGAUGGAGAGGUUUUUCAACGAGGAAUGUCGUGUGUUUACGCCUGACGACCCUGGACUACUUGUAUUAGAGGAAGCGUUACAAAAUGUUGAUUUAAAGGAUUCUGAUUUGGACAGUACCUCGUUGUGA